UGAAAAUGGCGGGAUACGGAAAAACUAAAAUCACUGUAUCAACUGUCGAGAGUUGAUGAAUGAGCCGGUGGUUUACUGAAACUUUAGUGGGGUUUACUAAUUUUCCGGAUGUUUUGAUUUUUACAUAAUCGUCGCAGAUAUGACUACAGUGAAAAUUCACGGAGGCAUCGACAUCCUGCGACUCCCUGUCAACGAAGAGGAACAUUUAUUCCCACCUUGGCAUUUAAAGUACACCCAAUCUCACAUACUUCAUUCAAAAUGUUCACGAAGCGAAAAUGCUUGCGGAGACAACGACGCCGAUGCCUGCCAGUUUUGUGUGUUUAGCAGAACACUGGACCUUCCACAUAUGCCUGACAUGGUAUUUCCAAACAAUGUAUUAACCCUGAAAUAUGAGGACAAAGCUGUUAUAGAAUUUAACGCCUUAGAUGCUCUUAAACGAGUUUCUAAUGGAAAAAUCAACCUUCAGCUGGCCUGUGCCGAGGCUUGGAAAGAGUCGAGAUCGGAAAGUAGCGAAUAUCUGGAGGAAAAAAUAAAACCAUUUGAUUGGACAUUCACAACGGAUUACAUGGGUACCAUGAAAGGUUUCGAUGUCGUUGAGACCAGUGAAAGAAUUGACGUUAAUAAGCUGAAACAGAAAGAAAAAAUAUUGUUUUAUCAUGAUCUGACGUUAUUUGAAGAUGAGCUUCACGAUAAUGGAAUCGCUGUGUGCUCUGUGAAGAUUCGUGUAAUGCCCAGCAGUUUUUUUGUAUUGCUGCGUUACUUUCUACGGGUGGACAAUGUUAUGCUAAAAAUUAACGAUACGCGACUUUUUUAUGAGUUUGGUCAGGAUUACGUUUUACGGGAAUUUACAUCCAGGGAAGACAAGGUGGCAAAUUUGCGAGUAUCACCUGUAAUAUUUACAGAACCAAAUGAAAUAGCUCAGUAUUUACCUAUAACUAAAAGUAAAUGUCACAAGCUAACUAUUUCUGCAAAAUCAAACGUUAAACCGGAAAAUCUUGCUGCACAGAUUGAGUCAACAUCAACAUUGGACAAUGUAUCCGAUACCACAACUACGGCAACGACGAAAUAGUGUUUCUAUGUAAAAAAAUAUAUUGUAAUGGUGUGAACUGUUUUGUUUGCUAUGUGAAGUGAGAUCCAGGAAAAAUAUAGACAAAUCUUAAUAGCAGA